AUGCGUGCUAGCUUUAUGAUCUCCGCCUGCGCCGUGCUCCUUGCCGGUACCGCUUUGGCUCAAGAAUCCGCCCCGGCCAGUUCCAGCUCGGCCGCCUCUGCCCCUGCCGAGAGUUCCAGUGCAGCUCCCGAGGCCGCUUCUUCCGGCUCCGGUGGAAUCGCCGGUGCCGUAGAGAGCUUCGCCUCUUCCGCCGUCAGCUCGGCUGCCAACUCGGUCGUCGGUGCAGCUUCGAGCGUCGUCUCAUCCGCUGCGGGUGCCGCCGAGACCAAGAUCUCUGGAGGUAUCCCCGUUACCGGUAACAACGCUACCGUCGAUUCCAACUCUACCGCCAAGGGUGUCGCCAACGCUACCAAUGGUACCAACGGGACCAGCGGAGCGCUCGGACUUCGAUCCCACAUCACUUCCGGAAAGGAGGUCAUCGGGUUCGGUCUUAUGGCCGCUGGGGUGUAUGCUGGGCUGUCCUUCUUGUAGAGGAAGCUCCGGGCAGGCGUUUGGCCUCUAGCUCUGCGCAAAGACGUUUACCGUACUCUGUUUGUGCUCUUGCUCCCAUGUUUCCCGCAUGAUCAGAAGAUGCCAUUCUUUUGCGACCCACAAUUCCACAGUAUUAUC